GCCGAGGCUUUGAAUCGAAUCUAUUCGGAAGCCCUCGAAUCUGGCAUACCCAUAAUCGGAGAUAUUCGGCUAUCUCCGGACUUGAGGGCUGAGGCGCUGGGGCACUUGGGUACUUGGGGCUGGUUCCGGACCGGAAGUGCGUGGGUUACUGGGGCUGGCUGUACUUAGGGUUUUCCGGAAACAUGGAAGAGACUUGGGGAGUUGGAGCAGGAGCUGAAGCACUCUUGUGAUCUCUGGGCGCCCUCCAAGGGGAAAAGGGAGGAUGCCACUGGAAUCGUCUUCCACAUCAGUGCCACCCUGCUUCCCUUCUGUGUUACCCUCAGUGCCUGAUGACAUUGCCAACUCUUCCCCACCUCCAAUGUCUUACAUCACUUCCCAGGAGAUGAAGUGUGUUCUUCACUGGUUUGCCAGUUGGUCAGGUCCCCAGCGGGAACGUUUUCUCCAAGACCUGGUCGCUAAGGCAGUGCCAGGAAAGGUGCAGCUACUGCUGGAUGGUCUGGAGCAGCUCAGUGUAUCUGCGGCAAGUCGACCACCGUGUAUCUUUGAGUGUCAGCUACGUCUUUGGGAUCAGUGGUUUCGAGGUUGGGCUGAGCAGGAGCGCAAUGAAUUUGUCAGGCAGCUGGAGGUCGGUGAGCCAGAUUUCGUGGCAAAAUUUUACCAAGCAGUGGCUGCCACUGCUGGUAAGGACUGACAGGUAUUCAGAUCAAGCGAAUGACGUGAUCACGCCAAGGCCAUGACUGUAGUGAUGAUUCAGUGCAACUGUGUCACUUAAAGAAUCACCUGAACUGCCAGGGUAGUGGUCCACCGUUUAUUCCAGCACUCAGGAAGCAGCCUGGUCUACAUAGCAAGUUCCAGGCCAGCCAGCAGUACAAAGUGAGACUCUGCCUUUAAAAAGAUUUUUUUGGCAUGAACUUCCUGUUGAGUGCUAACACUGUUUUACCCUGGCAGUACGUCACUUGGACUCUCUCCAUUUUUAGCAAAUCUGAUUUUUUUACAGGACAUGUCUAAAUCUCAAGGAUUUAAUGACUGCUUUUGUCACUAUAACUAACCAGGAACCAGUAUCUUGUAACUCGAGUCCAGAGCUGGCCCAGAUGUGGCUGGUUUUACCACAUCUACCCAACUCUAACAUAAUUAUGUAAUUUCCCAACUGCUGGGUUUCCCAGCGGUGAUUUAAUAAAAUUAAGAAAAAUUGAGAGAAAGAAA